AUGUCCAUGUUCGGCGGCAUCGAAGGCGGCUAUGCCAGCUUCAACCGCUUCAUGCAGAAUGGCAUGGACACGCGCUUCCCCCGCCCCCCACGGGCCUACGACGAAUACUUCAAAGCGUACAGCAUGGCGAUGCUGCCCGGCAAAGAACGUCUCAAUGUCAGCUACGGAGGCAAGAUCAUCAUGCCGCCCUCCGCCCUUGCGCAUUUGACCAAUCUCGAGAUCGAGUCGCCAUGGUUCUUCGAGCUUCGCACCACGGGCGCAUCCGAGGUGCGACGCACGCACGCCGGUGUGCUCGAGUUCAUCGCUGAUGAGGGUAAUGUACACCUACCAGCUUGGAUGAUGCGCACACUUGGGCUGUCAGAGGGCGAUCCGAUCCGGUUGACGGGUGCGACGCUACCAAAGGGCAAGAUGGUCAAGAUCCAGCCUCAAACAGUCGACUUUUUGGAGAUCAGCGAUCCAAAGGCCGUGCUCGAGCAGGCCUUCCGCAACUUCUCCGCACUCACACCGGGCGACAUUGUCGAGAUCAGCUACAACUGUCUCACGUUUGAGAUUCUGAUCAUGGAGAUCACACCUAGUGCAGACGGCAUCUCGAUCAUCGAGACGGAUCUAGAGGUUGACUUUGCACCACCAAAAGGCUACGUGGAGCCCACACCACAACCGCGUCCUCCACCGCCGACCAUGGCAUCCAAGCUCAACAUCGACAAUGCACGUGUCGACUCGAUCCCACCCACACGCACAUCCACACCUGGCUCAAUGGCAGGCACAAGCGCAGCAGGUGGCUCAGGCGCCGCCACACCUGCCGGACCUUUCCGCGGCGCAGGUCAGACAUUGAGUGGCAAGAAGAGCAAGGGCAAGAAGGAGCGCCAGAUCGAGCAGCUCGAUCCAUUCAGCAUGGUCCGCCGUACAGACAUGCCGCGCAUCAUCACCAACGACACCCAACUCACAGAGAAGAAGAUCCCCGCUGCGCUCAAUCUGCCCUUCGGAAAGCUCUUCUUCGGCUACGAGGUCAUUCCUGUGGGAGGCAAGCAGGAUGAGGCGGCCAAGGAAAAGGUGACGGAGACAUUCGGUGGAUCAGGGACUACUUUGUCCGGUCGAGCGCCGCGUCCGAAGCCACAAGAGUCGCAAAACAGCAAGCCGGUGAACGAACAACCAACAGCAUUCACUUUGGGUGGAGGUCGCGUGCUAGGAGAGAGCUCGCGGAGCAGCCGAUAUGCUACGCCUUCAGGUGGCGACGACGCCCGCAGCCUCAACGACAGCAGGCGCGACGUCAUCGAGAUCGACUCCGAUUGA